AUCCCUUUUGUCUCUGUCUCUUGCUCUUGCGUACAUUUAUUUAUUUUUUAUAUAUAUAAUCAGAGAGAUUAAUUAUUAUUUACGUGUAUUGCUCUGUUUUUAUUUUUAUUUUUAUUUUUAUUUAUGUUUUGAAUUUCGCUUUUGGAAUCCGAUUUCGCUUUUUCUUCAGAGGGGUUGUGUCUGUUUGUGGGGAAAAGAUUCGCGGCGGUUACGUUUAUUUUGACGGUGGAAUUUGUAUAUAUAUAUACAAGGGGUCCGGUUCUCCUCCUCUCAUUCUUAAUUAUACAUUUCAAGAUUCUAGAGAGAGAAAGUUAAGAGAGAGAGAGAGAAAUGGAAGAAGGAAAGAAAUCUGGUUCUUCACUUGCUGCUGAUCUUUUCGGGGAAAAGGAUUCUUCGUCGGCUCUUUCAUCUGCUGAGGUUUUUGAUUCCAUUUUUGCCCCUCCUCCUAAGGGUUUGGGAUGGGAGUUGUUGCAUUUGUCCGAAACCGAGAAGAAAAGUAGCCAUGGAAAUCCAGCUUGGAGUCCAAAGAAUGGAGUUUCAGACGGCAAUACCGUAGGCGGUGAAGGAGCGAAGAACACGACAAGCAAGGACAAUAGUUCGUAUUACCAGGAGGAAAAAGCGCAACCGUUUAAUUACGACUCUUCCAUUUUCUACGGUGGUCAAGAUUUUUACUCUCCACCACACAACCCCGAAUCCACUACCUUCAAUAAAGAUGCGGUGGAAGAUGACCCGGGCAGUGCUUCGAGAGGCAACUGGUGGCAGGGAUCCCUUUACUACUAGAGCUCGGUAUGCGUUGUGAAUCGAAAUAUACUUAUCUAGGAAAAUAUAUAUAUAAAUGUAGGAUAGGAAGCAGCAUGAGUUUUAUUUUAUCCUACACUCUGUAAUAGGGGAAAGUAGUUGAGAACUGGGAUUGUGUUAUAGUUUUAUACAAAAUCCCCCUUUGUCUUUUUUUUGCUAUCCUUUUAUGUAACUGCAGCUAGUUAAACUUUGUGUCUUUUGUUAUAUGGAACAUAUAUAAUAUAGAUUUGAAUGUUUAU